AUGCAAUCUCAAACCUUCUUCACCACUUCCAUUCUUUUGGUUGUCAUCGUUGCCUUCUGCUCUGCGGCUCCAAUGAUUGAAGAACCAAAACUCGAAAAGCCAACGAAUCUUGAAAUCUUAUUUGCAAAAAUUGUCAAGAAGCAGAACGAAUCAAAACAACAUCGUCUCAUCAACUUCAUCAGCCGAGCCAUGCCAGGAGGUGUCGAUGCUCCAGUUGCAAUGAUGGCUGAAUACGAAACCUUCAAAUCUGACAAAUCAGCAAACUUCUUGAAUGAUGGAGCUGGACACGUUGUCUUCCGUCAAUACAGACGUGCUCGUCUCUCUGAUAUUCUCCACAAUGUCAACCGUCGUGCUGGAGGAGUCUAA